AUGCUUCAGACCAGCCCUGCGCUUGUAGAAGGCGCGUUGAGCGCGUCCGAAUCUGUACCGCCGGUACACCGACUGCCCGCUGAGCUGCUCUCGGAGAUCUUUCUAGUGUAUUGGGAUAUCUUGGUCCGGCCUAUCUAUGUACAAGAUCUCUUCCCACUCGUGGUUUUAACCCACGUUUGCGAUCGAUGGCGGCAGUGCGCAUCAUCCACCCCUCAGAUAUGGCACAGAAUAGUAAUAUCGGUUUCCCCCUUUACACGCGCGACGGGAUCAUUUGAAGCCCGUGUGGUAGAGAGGAGAAUCAAGUCACGCACGGAGCUGGCGCAAUUUUGCGUUGCUCGAUCCGGAAAUCUAUCGUUGAUCGUUGCUCUGUGGAUCACAUGUGGUCCAUCCAGAAAUUUACAGCAGUCUAUGGAUGCCUGGAGAUCUUGGUUACCCCGCUGCAAGUCUCUGACUCUUGCAACGGGAACGCCGAUGAUACGCGAGCUGCUGGACCAGCUCGCGGAGAUGCCAUUGCUCGAGUCUUUGCAUGUCAAGUCGGAGCCGGGGUAUCACGGAGACCCGCUUCAGUUAGGGAGGGUCCGGAUGCCCAAACUCAGAGAGCUUACCUCAGAUCUCAUUCCCCCUCAUCUCAUCGACUCCGCAUUUCCUUGGGAUCAGAUUUCACGUAUAUCCAUGGAAUGUGUGAUCCUUGACAACUCGUCAUUUUCCGUGCUUUCCCGAUGUCAAUCACUGCGCUCGUUGUAUAUCAACAUCACAUAUUGUUCGGUGGAAGGACUUGGCCCGAUAUCCCUACCCGGCCUGGAGGAUCUGACUCUGUGCUUCGAAGACGAGGAGUAUACCGUCCUCCUUCCAGCCAUUCUUGCCCCGGCCUUACGGGUACUUCAUCUGGAAGCAUGGCACUGGGAUGGUGGACCGUCCAUCAUUCCGCCAUUGAUUUCAAUGUUGACAAGUUCGGGUUGUCAGCUGACAAGCAUGGACCUCAACUGCCGCGAUAUCUUCGACGACGCAGACGAGCUACGUCGACUCUUCAAUACUGUGCCAUCACUGGAGGAGCUCGUCAUGAAGGGAUAUUACUCGUCCGAUAUCAGAAGAGAGACUUUGCUCUUCUUCCGUCUCUUCCUUCAGAUACCGCCCGAUGACUACCUUGUCCCCAGGUUGAAGAAGCUCGACGUCAGCCUCGAGAAGAUAGGAAUAGUUCAAUCCCCUAGUGAUUCCGCCAUUUCGAAUAUGCUGAACCUCAGACGCCUGCUGGGUCGCUACGAAUUUUCUAUCUCCGUACUCGAGAAUGCAUCUAUCAGAAUUUGGGGAGAAAAUGGAGAAAAAUCCUGGCAUAUGUCAGACGGCGGACAAGUUACUAAGGAAGGCUCAGACUUCGAUGAUCAUCCUGAGUAA